CAAUGUCUACACUAGCUAAUUACUAAUGUCAUCUAAAACUUUCUGAGUAUAUAUAUGUAGGCCUAGUAUCGUAAAGAAUGAAACAGAAAGCCAGAGAUAAGAAAUGGAGAGGCUAUUUGAAGUAUCACAGAAAGGUUAUGUUGAUUCGUUAAGGAAGUUGCUUCUGGAAGUCCCGAGUCUUACUCUAGAUGAAGUAUUUACUAGUUUUUGUAGAACUCCAGUACACAUAGCAGUCAUGUGUGGCCAUGUUAGUUUUGUAAAAGAAGUUCUAAUUUUCAAACCAGAACUUGCACUCAAAGCAGAUUCACAAGGGCUUACUCCUCUUCACCUAGCUUCAGCAAGAUUGCAUCUUGGUUUGGUAAAAGUGCUGUUGGAAGCAAACGCUGAUGCUUGUAUGGUUCAAGAUCAAUAUGGAAGAACACCUCUGCAUCUAGCUGUAAUGAAAGGCCGAGUUAAGGCAACAAAGACAAUGAAGAUGUUAAUACAAGAAAGACCUGAAGCAAUUCACUUAAGGAAUGCACACAAGGAGACUAUCCUACACUUUUGUGUUAAAAAUAAUGGUACUGUAGAGGCCCUUGCGUUGUUGGUCGAGUACUUGGCUGGUGAACAACCUGGAAAUCCAGAUUAUUCUAUUUCUGUCAACUCCAAAGAUGUCGAUGGGAAUACAAUCUUGCACGUUGCUGCAAAAGCGGGUAAUAUGAAGAUUGUAAAGUUUUUGGUGGACAGCGAAAUCGUAAGAAUUGACAUAAACGCCUUUAACAAUAACGGUCUCAAAGCCUUGGACAUAUUACCUCAAAAUAAUAAAAAUGAACUAGAAAUUGGCCGUUUUUAUUACUACAUACCCCGUGAGAGCAAGAAAAAGCGAAAUGAUCGUCAAGGACAGAAGGAGAGGAUGGAUGUGUUAAUGGUAGUAGCAACAUUAAUAGCAGGAAUCGCGUUCCAAGCUGCUAGCAGUCCACCAGGGGGUUUGUGGCAACAAGACACUAUGGUCAAUUCUAAUUUAGAACCUCAUACUUUUACUCUGUAUCUAAGUAACAUGCUCCGCUCUCAUCGUAUGUCUAACGAUUUGGAUGGUUUGGCUUCUUUCACAAAAAUGAAUGGUGGAGGAAGAAAAAGGCAUUCUCUCAAUAUAGCCGUUGAGCUAAACAGUACCAUAAGUAAUUAUACAACUGACAUGAGUACUCAAUUUGUAUGGGAUCUAUUACAAGCUAAUUCGGAUUAUUUAAACCGCAGCCUUACGUAUUCCGAAGGUGUCAUUUUGGAAGAGGAAAAUUACAGGUACAUUAUUUCGAACUACCAUAAUAGUAGUGGAAGUGAUUUUUUCCCUUACCUGAUCAUGUACGCUGGAACAUCUAUAUUGGCUUAUAUCAGCCCAAGUAGUUACAUCCUUUACAUGGUUACAAACGUAGUGGCAUUUCUAGUGUCUGUGACCAUAAUCCUUUUGGUCAUAUCAGGGGUUAUGAAUGAUACAUCUGUGGCUCAGGUUCGGCUUCUUGUUGUUCUAAUGUGCAUUUCAAUAGGAUGUAUCAUUGCUGGUUAUAGAUCUGUAUUCAUAGCACUGACUCCAGAUUUUUUGAAGGAUCCUACAAGAACAUCACUUUACGUGUUCCUUGGGCUAUGGUGCAUAUUUGGAACUAUUUUCUUCAUCUGGUCUUUGAUUUCCAACAUACGUACGAUGCCGAAGUACCUUAUUGUUGGAGUUCAAAGAUACCUUAAAUUGGUUUUCAGCUUUGAUGCACGAGAUGUGGGGAAAGUGAUUAUAUUUAUUUGUGGCUUAUUUGUUUUCUUGUUUUUGUUUCUCUAUAAAUUCAGUUUAUGAUACUUUUGUUGGUUUUCUGGAGUUGAAGUUCUGUUCACGUCUUGUUUUGUUGUUCUCAAUUAGUUGGUCAGCUUGUUUGUUGCUGCUAGUCUUGUUUGUAUGAGGUGGUGUGACAUGAAUAAUAAUCUAAAUCAUAUAAUUCAUAUGGCA